AUGCCCUCCGAAAAGACAAUUGGAGGUGGCGACGAUGCCUUCAACACGUUCUUCUCCGAGACCGGUGCCGGCAAGCAUGUCCCCCGCUGUGUAUUCGUCGACCUGGAGCCCACUGUGGUCGAUGAGGUACGCACAGGCACUUACCGUCAGUUGAUCCAUCCUGAGCAGCUUAUCUCUGGUAUGGAGGAUGCCGCGAACAAUUUCGCGCGCGGGCACUACGCGAUCGGCGAGGAGAUCGUCGACCUCGUGCUCGAUCGGAUCAGGAUGCUGGCCGACAACUGCACCGGCCUCCAGGGCUUAUUAUCUACAGUGCUGUCGGCGGAGGUACUGGCGCCGGGCUCGGCUGCUUGA